AUGGACAACUUUUUGGACAAUAAUAGUGAUCGAAAUAGUGUGAAUGAUAUAAGGAGGUUCGGGGGAGGCACGAGUAGAUAUAAAAAAAAGCAUAGAGGACAUAGUAGGGUUUUUGAUGAUGAUUAUCUAUAAAAAGAGAAGCGAGUCUUUAAAUAAAGUUUGCAAAAACUUUACGAAGAGUCUUUUAUAAAAAAUAUCAUAGACAAUUCAUAUAUUAAAAAAAUAGGCACAUUAAGUACGUAUCAAGUUUAGGUACUUGAUGAUCUGUAAUUCGGAACUGAUAAAUAAAUAGAUGAUAUUGACAAUGUCUUUUACAGUUUCUUUUCAAGUUAUUUAGAUAAAAUAUCUGUCAUCUACCCAUAAAGUAAUUUUAAAAUAUUGUGGAAUUCAAUUCAAGUAUCUACAUUCUUUUUAAUAUUUUUAUGGCUACCCUAUAAAUUAGCAUUUGAAACAAAUUACAUUUCUUAAUUUUAUGAUGAUGAAAAAACAAUGUAGAUCGAAAUUGCUUUUUUUGUGAUAAGUGCAUUUGAUAUUAUUAUUUGCUUGAAUGAGGCCUACAUCCAUAAAGGAAUUAUUAUAAAUUAAAGAUAUCAUAUCAUAAUGAAUUAUCUAAAAACAACGGCAUUACCAGAUAUGAUAAGUAUUUUUGCAUUGCUUUAUGAAUUAAUCCUAGUUCAUUAUUAUGAAAAUUAGUUUAUAGCUUUGUAAAUCACUUUGUGUUUGAUAUAUGGAUUGAUCAAAACUAUAAAGAUGAAAUAGAUCUUUAAUUAGAUUUAAGAAUACUUUAACAUAAAGGGUGCAUUGAAGGAUUGCUUAUAGAUGACUCAAAUAGUAUGUGGCUUGUUAUAUUUCAUUCAUUUGACUGCCUGUUUAUGGCACGGAUUAGGAUAACCUACAUAUAAGUAAACGUGGUUGGAUGUAAAUUAAUUGAGAGGAGCCAAUGAUAGUGCAAGAUAUGCAGAAUCGUUGCAUUGGGCAGCAGUUUACCUUACUAAUGUUGGGUCCACAGAUAUAAUGAUAGCGAAUAGUGAUGAGAAAUAUUUUGCAGCGGCAAUUUCAUUUUUAUCAUUAUUCGUCGUGGGUAUCAUAAUUGUAGCUUUGGGUUUCUUCUUCCACAAAUCUCAAAGAAACAAAAUUUAUUCAGAAUCAAUGAAUUUAAUGAAUAGUUUUAUGUCAAUGAAUAAUAUCGAUUUUAAUUUGUAAGUUCGAAUAAGGAAUUAUUUGGAUUACAUUUGCAAAGCAGAAUAAUCGAUGAUUGAUGAAAAUGUGUCGAGCAUCAUUAACAAAUUGUCAGAAAGGUUAUAGGCUGAAUUGAAAUAUCAAUUAAGAGCAUCUAUUUUAGAAUCAUGUGAUUUUAUUAAGAAGAAUUUUUCACUCAAAUUUCAACAAGCUUUGGUUCCAUUCAUGCAAGAGAUAAAUACAAUACCUGAAGAGAGAGUAGUGGAGAUGAAUAAUAUCGAUGAUUGUUCCAUCUAUAUUAUAAACAAGGGAGAAAUGGAGGUAGUAUUUGAAGCCAAAAAUAAGAUGAAUGUUAAAUUCAAGAGAAAUAAUAUCAAAGUCUUAGAAAAAGGAGAAUACUUUGGUUUUUAUAGUUUCAUUACAAAUUAACCUAGAACAGCAACUGUUGUCUCCAAGGGAUUUGGGAAACUGUUUAAGAUUACUAGAGAUAAUUUUGUAAAUCUCUUAGACCAAUUUCCUGAUGAACGAGAAAUCUUUUACAUGAUCAAAGAUAAAGUGAUAAUCAAUCAGGAUCUGUCCGAUUUACAAAUCAAGUGCUAUGGUUGUAAAGGCAAUACUCACAUGGUCAAUUAUUGUCCAUUCUUGCAUUUCAAUCCAAAUUAGGAUAGAGUCAUCAAACAAUCCCUGUAUCCUCAUUAAUAAGAACGAGAUGAUCCUUAUUAGUACACAUCUAUUUAUAUGUUAUUUAGACCAAGAAAGUCCAAAUUUAUCAAUGCUUUGUUGCAAUAACAAAUAAUAGAAUAAAUAGCAAAAGAAUAUUAAAUGCAAUAGUAUUAAGAUGAAACCUAAGAAGGUACCUAAGCAACACAUGUCCUAAUAUAAGAUGAUGUAUCAGACUCAGAUAGUAGAUCCUACUCAUAGAUGAGAACGCGAUCUGUCUCUAGGGUUAACACACAUUCAAUCUUAUCAAUGCAAUAACAAUCCUCUAAUUACAAAAUUGGUCAAUCUCAUAUGGCUUAGUAAAUGGUUAUUCAAUAAGGAAAUCAUCUUCCGUAAGUGGAUGAAGAUGAAGUUGAGGUUGAAAUAAUUGAAGAUUAAGAACAGGAGAAAAACUAAGAAGCCGAUAAUAAUUUUGAUAAUUAAAUGAACAAUAGAAAAGAAUUCAAUCGAAAAAAUGAUCCUAAAAACACUAUAGAAACUGCUGGAUUCGGUAAUAAAUUUAAUAAACCAUCCAAUGCUGAUCAGAACAUUGAAAAUUCAGAGGAAUCAGAGGAAGACGAAGAAGAAUAUGAAGAAGAAUCUAGUAGUCAACAUUAAUAAUAAAUUGGGAAAUCAGUUUCCAAAGGAUCACAAAGUCCAUAAAAUUCAGGGACAAAUCCAAAUCCAAAAAAUCAGCAAUAAAUGGCUUAGAAAGUCACCUUCAAUGCAUCAUCAACCUAAUAACAAACAGCUGGAUCUGCGGCUAAUAUUAGACCCAGAACCUCAAUCAAAAGGGGAACUACCAAAACAAACAAUACAGCCAUAGUUUUUGAUAAUGUCUUAGCAGCUUUAUAAGAGAAUUAAUAUUUAACCAUUGAAUUUGUAAAUGAUCUAAAAUUUAAAUAGCCUAUCAUUACGUUUCCAUCCGUCGGAGACUUUGAUAAGAUUAUGACGUUUAGAAAGUAUUUCCCACAGCAUAACAUCUCUACAGUGUUAAAACUAAUUGAAAAAUAUCAAAAACAAGUAGAGCAUUUCCCCAUCUAAUCUCUUUAUUCUUUCCUCUAUACUGCAAUCUUUAGAGGAAAGGAGUUAAGGAAAAAGGCUGAAUUAGCCAAAUAGUAGUAAAAAUAGGUUUUAUAUUAUCCAAAACCUACUAAUAAACCGUAAAAGAGAUAGCUUACUAAAAGAUAGGUUUGA